AUGACUAAUGGAAGGGGAGAAGUACAUUGUACGCUUGUGUUGGGCAAAUCCAGAGUGUCACCAAUCAAGGCAGUCACAGUACCAAGGCUGGAACUGACUGCAGCCGUCCUGUCAGUGGAUAUGAGCGCCUUUCUUCAAGCUGACCUAGACCUAAAAAUUGAUAGGGAGGUCUUUUGGACUGAUAGCCGAGUGGUGCUAGGCUACAUCAAGAACGAGACAAGGCGUUAUCAUGUCUUUGAUGCAAAUAGAGUGCGCCAAAUUAGAGAUGAAUCGUCACCCAAUCAACAGAGGCAUGUCAGCACUCAAGAUAAUCCAGCUGAUGCCCCAUCAGGAGGACUCACGGUCGAUCAGCUUGAAGCAUCAAAGUGGUUCAUGGGUCCAGACUUCAUUUGGGAAAGGGAGAUUCUGGAAGAGACUGAGGAAGAAGCUACUGUCAUUCCUAAAGAUCCUGAAGUGAAAAGCAACACUAAUGCCUCAGUAAAAGAGGUAGAUGAGUUAGGACGAUUUGAUCAUCUCUCUAGUUGGUAUCGAGCAAAGAGAGCUGUGGCGAACUGCCUCCGUCUCAAAUUAUACUUACAGAGAUGCUGCCAUGCAAGACGAGAUGGGAAAGAUGUCAAGAAAGUUGUGAUGGAACCUCUGACUACUGAACUACUUCUUCAUGCAGAGAAGGAAAUCAUAAGACUGAUUCAGAGGAGGAAAUUUGAUGAAAAGAAAUCAUUAGGGAUCAGCAAGUCUCACAACGAAAGAGAAAGAAGGCAUCAUUGCAAGGAGACCAGUCGCCUGUGUCGUCUUGACCCAUUUAUAGAUGAUGAUGGCAUCCUAAGAGUUGGAGGACGUUUGAGGAGAUCUGACCUCUCAUUUGAAAGCAAACAUCCUGCCAUCCUUCCUCAAAUUCACCUGACCAAGUUAAUUGUAUCUCAGUGUCAUACUGAGGUGGCUCAUGGAGGAAGAGGCAUGACGACUAACCAUCUCAGAGCAAAGGGAUAUUGGAUCUUGGGUAGCAGCAACUUCAUCUCAAAACUCAUCUCCCAAUGUGUAGUCUGUCGCAGACUUCGACAACCUCCACAAAUUCAGAAAAUGGCAGACUUACCUGAGGACCGUCUUUCCCCAGCUCCACCAUUUACGUAUGCUGGAGUUGAUUGCUUUGGGCCUUGGCUAAUAAAGGAAGAACGGAAAGAACUGAAACGAUAUGGUCUGAUAUUCACAUGUAUGGCAUCGAGAGGUAUUCAUAUUGAAGUUCUACACUCCCUCUCCACCGACUCCUUUAUCAAUGAUCUCAGACGCUUCAUUUCUGUCAGAGGCCCAGUGAGACAAUUGAGAUGUGACAGGGGAACAAACUUUGUAGGUGCUGAGGCAGAGUUCAAACGAUGUGCUGAAUCCAGUGAGAAACACGUAGACUUUCUCCUGAAAGAGGGAUGCGACUUCAUCGCUUUCAAGUUCAAUGUACCUGCUUCUAGCCACAUGGGUGGAGUGUGGGAGCAGCAGAUCCACUCCAUACGUCAGGUCUUAGAUGUUCUGCUACACCAGGCAGGCCAACAACUAGAUGACGAGUCGUCGAGAAUGUUGAUGUGUGAGGCGGCUGUCAUUGUAAAUAGUCGUCCGGUAACCACUGACCUCCUGAAUGAACCAACACAUUCUACUCCAUUGACUCCUAAUCAUCUGUUGACUCAAAAGUCGAGGGUCAUUUUUUCACCCCCUGGUAGUUUCUCUCGAGAAGAUGUCUACGCGAGGAAAAGAUAG